AUGCAAGAACUGAGGCUGCCACUCUGUCGAGUGACAGCACGGAAAUCGACCAAAGCUGUAGAAUUUCUCAGCAAGUGGCUGAAUGAUCAUGAAGAGUUCAAGUCGAACUCGGUGUGCAUCGGUGGGGACUCCUACGCUGGCAUUCUGAUCCCUGGCGUAGCUCUUCGAUUCGCCAAUGAGAAUGAACAAGGAAUGAAACCAGCGAUCAAUCUUAUGGGUUAUUUGGUUGGUAACGGUGUGACAAAUGCAACCAUCGAACAUAACUCCAAGAUCAAAUUUGCUCAUGGAAUGGCCUUGAUUCCGGAUGAGCUCCACGAGUGCAUAUCAGGACUCCAACAAGCGCAGAUCCUGUCACCCCAUUGCGCUUACGCUUCACCCAGGCCGACGAUGAUGGCACGAAGAACAUCAAGGUCUCUUGAGGAGUUGUUGGAACUGGAGACAGAGCCACUUCCCACACUUGGCUGUCCUACUUUUGCAUAUCUACUUGCUCUCCACGUUAGGAAGGGGACAAUAGGGACGUGGGAGAGUUGCAGUUCAAGGUUGCAUUACACGUAUGAUAUCCCUAGCAGCAUCGAGUUCCAUCUGCAGCUGGCUAGAAAGGGCAACCGCUCCUUAAUCUACAGUGGGGAUCAUGAUAUGAUUGUGUUGUACGUUGGGACCCUGGAGUGGAUACGAAGUCUGAAUUUCAGGAUAGUCGAGGAAUGGAGACAUUGGUUGCUCAACAACCAGGUUGCUGGGACUUACUCUGAUCCAAGAUACUUCAAUCUCAUGACGUUUGCAACCGUCAAGGGUGCAGGCCACACGGUACCUGAAUACAAGCCCCCUGAAUGUUUCGCCAUGUUUCGACGCUGGAUUACCGGCGAACCACUCUAA